AUGGUAUCCGUCAAACCUAUAUCAGAAAAAAGCAAACAACAAAGCUUAAAGUCUAAAUCCAAAAAGAAAAAGAAUAGUGCAUUUGCUAAAAAGAAAGUAUCCAAAAUCGUGGAAAUUGUUAAUGAAAAUAGAAGUGCUAAAGUUUCUUGUCAGAAAAUAAAUCGGAGCGAAGUUAAAUAUGUGAUGCCAUCCACAAGUAUAACAGAAAAUCUCGUUGAUUCAUGCUUAGACGCGCUACAAAAAUUAGCAGCACAUCACAGUAAAAAGAAUGCAAUUUUUGGCUUUGAAACAUCUAUAUUUGCGGAAAUACGAUGCAUGAAAAUUCCUAAUACUAGAGGGAACAUAAAGUUUAUAUUACCGCACAGUACUGCUGCUUCAACAGGAGAAAUUUGUUUAAUUACUCCGGAUUUAAAAAAAGGAAAGAAAGUUGAUCAUGAACCUACUGUUGAACAUUGGAAAGACAUCUUAAAAGAAGCAGGUGUUACUGAAAUUAAAACAGUAUUGCCUUUAAGACAGUUGAAGGUAGAAUAUGACCAAUAUGAACUCAAACGGAGACUUCUUACACAACAUGAUUUUAUAAUGGUUGACACAAGGAUAUUAAACCAUGCUUCCCAUUUACUUGGAAAAAUGUUUUUUAAAAAACACAAUAUGUUAAUACCAAUUAAAAUGAAUGAGGAGGCAAAUAUUAAGAAGUACAUUGACAUUGGAUUGAGAACAGCAAUGUUGCGGUUGAAUGAAGGACACACAUCAACAAUACUUGUGGGCCACACCAGCAUGCCACAAAAUAAUUUAAAAGAGAACAUCAUGUCAUUAAUAAAACAACUUACUAGUAAAUAUCCUGGCGGAGAGGCCAAUAUUAGAUCAAUAUCUUUAAAACUGCCACUGUCCCUUCCACUGCCUUUAUACCUAACAUUAAGAUCAUCAAAUUCUGUUGGACUUCCAAAACUUGCUCAUAAAAAACCCAAACAUUUCACAGUUUUAGAGGAUGAAUUAUCAACCAUACCAGAUAGCACUGUAAGGGUAGCUCCUGAUGGCACAGUUCACCUUAAAAAGCAAAAAUAUAAGACAAACAAAAGUGUUGAUAAGGAAGAUUUGUUAGAGAGUGAAAAAGAAGAUGAAUCUGAAGGCGAUAUAAAUGAAGAGGAAUAA